AUGAAGUUCCCCAUUAUGCUCAGCGCUGCUGCCCUUUUCGGCCACGCCACUGCCUUCUACGGUCAGAUGGCUGCCACUGCCCUUUCCUCGAACGAGGGUACGACUUUCCAGACCAUCACCCUCACGGAUUACAACACCGGAUCUACCUAUUCGGGCAUGCUCUGGGGAGGAUUCAAUGCUUGCACGACGUACGAAUGCUCGGUCGGAUUCGAUGAGACUAGUGCUGGAGGCUACACUUUCACUGCUAAGAUGUGGCGAACCAGCGAUGGAUGCCACAACAUUGAUUUCCUCGGUGCUCUGGACGCUGGCCACGGUUACUGCUGUGGCUCUCUGCCAUGUGAUUUUUCUGCUUAG